GUAUUUUCAACCUUAUCUUAACCCGAUAUAACUAGCUUGAUAGAUAUACCUAGUCAUCAUAUUUGCUAUCUUUCGAAUAUUAUUGCCUACCGAGCCCAAGGGUUUGUCUAACUUAGGCUAAACCGCGCCGUCAGUCACGAUAUACGAAACCGCACCUAGAAAGACGGACACAGCUCAAUAUCCACACUAACCAUGGAAUGGGAUCCAACCCAAUUCUUCCGCGGGGAUGAAUCAAUCCCACCGCAUCCAUUUGUGCUUCUGGUCCUAAACCAUCCAAUCAACGAGACUGCACUCGCCAUUUUGCGAAAACAUGCCCUUGAAACCGUCUGCGCCGACGGCGGGGCGAACUGGUUCUUCGAGUCCGCGAAGUCACGAGGCGAGGAGAGUCUUGAUCUUCCCUCAACCAUAAUCGGCGACCUGGACUCCAUCCGCCCAGAGGUGCGGACGCACUACGCAAACCUGGGCGUGAACAUCAUUGAGAUCGACGACGAGUACUCAACAGAUUUCACCAAGAGUAUUAGCCAUAUCCGUCAGAAUGAGGAGGACAUCCUUUCUCGUUAUGCGCAUCAGAAUGGGAACUCUGACGAGAGGUUACGUCUAUCCGUUCUCGUCCUGGGCGGGUUGGGCGGCCGCGUAGACCAGGCAUUCUCGCAGAUCCAUCAUCUGUAUGAGGUGAGCCAGAGCCAGAGCCAGAGCCAAAAUCAGACUCAAACACAGACACAACGGAACUCUGAUGGAAAGAUCUACCUCAUCUCCGAGGAAAGUAUCACAUUUAUUCUUCAACCGGGGAAGAAUAUCAUCCAUGUCCCGCGGACGAACAGACCACAACCAAACCAAUCAUCAUCAUCACCACAAUCAGAAAUAAUAUCAAGAAACUCAAAAGAGGAAGAAUUCAUCCUCGAAGAAAACGUCGGCAUAAUCCCCAUCCUGGGCCCCGCACGAAUCACGAUAUCUGGAUUCGAGUGGGACGUUGAAGACUGGAAGACCGAAAUCGGGGGUCAGCUUAGCACGAGUAACCAUAUCCGCGCCGACACUGUGCAGGUACAGACGGGUGUCCCUAUUUUGUUUACCUUGGAGUUAGCAAGGAGGUUGAAGCGCGGGGCUGGGCUGAAGUCAUGACCAUGACCGUGACCAUGAGUUUGGUUGAAAAUGGGUUGGAUUUUUUUUUUUUUCAUUUUCAUCCGUUGCACGAGACUUGUGACUAUAUACAAUAUAGAAUUAGUUGAAGAAUGAGACGGAAAACAAAAAGCAAUAUAGAGAAGUCGGGUGCAUUAAAUCCUUUCCUAACCAGCAUAAAAAAAAGGCGCCUGUCCCGCAUAAAAGCAUCAAGAGGCAAGAAGGGAACCUAAGAACUGUACACUGUACAUAUAUCCUCAUCCCAUCCCAAGAAGGCCAAAAAAUAACUAGUAGCAAUCCCAUUCUCAUCGCGCCGGAAUAAACCUGAAAACCAAGAAAGCAAGGAUAUCAAUAAUCUUGAGCACCCGAUGAUCAAAUCCUGGAAAAGGCCACACACACACACACACACACAC